UGUGAGGUCCAUGUGUAACACCCUGUGAUAGAUCUGUGUGUGACCGACACGGCGACUAUGGAGUGAUCCUCUUUGCUAUCCGCAUGUGUCGUGUGUGUGCGCCAGUACGUCGUGAUAAGACACUCCGGGGCACCCUGCACAGGGCAUCUGAGGUUUUUGAUAAACCAGCAGACGUUUUACGAAAUGUUCCGGUUUGGGGAAAGACCACCGGAAGUCGUCGUUUGACAGCCGCUCUAUGUAGCAUCAAGAGCUAAUGAUGCGCUGAACUAUUACAUGCACUGAGCUUAGGUCAUUGGAAAGAAAACAAACGAUUUUGUUCCUCAGUUACAUUGUCAGCCAUUACAAUCAGACGUGAUUGUGGUAAAUGGGACCGUACGUGGGGAACAGAGUCGUGGGAACGGCGUGACAGACAGGUGGGCUGCGUUCAGUGGCUGAAGACAUGAACCCUUCGCUCGGGAGAAAUGGACUUAUAGGACUCAUAGUGGGAGCUACCGCUGGUUUGGGCGUGAUAGCUUUCAUCAUUUAUCGGGAGAUGAGGAGGAGGUCUCCGGCGCUGGCCGUGGCAGCUCAGACUGUCCCCCCACAACCCACGGACAGCGGUGAUGGAGCUGCGCUGCUGCUGAGAAACGCUCUGGAUGAGCAGGAGGUGGAGGCACAGCAGCAGGCUCUAGCUGCUGUGGAGGCUGUGGUCCAGGGCUUGUCUCCUGACCAGCAGGUGGUGCUACGACAGCAACUGGACCAGGUCCUGAGCUGUGUCACCUCCCUGCGCUCAGAAGUGGCUGAGUUGAGAGGGGGUCUCCAAGACAUCGCUUUGCAGAUUAUUCAGGAUGUCAAGAAGGGAGUGGAGGACAGCCAACGCAUUCGCCGCCGUCGGCAUUACAUUCCCCGAGAGCGCACAGACUCCACUACCUCCAGCUCUGUUUACUUCACCGCCAGUCAGGGCCCGACUAGCACCUACGAGACGAGUGAGGGGGGGUACUCCACUGCAAAUGCUGAGUCAGACUACACAGACCGGGACACUGAUCGAGAGGAGCCUGAACAGGGUGCAGACCCAGAUCCAGAGUCAGAGGGUGAAGACCAGAGCUGUGCCACCGUCAUCACUCUGAAACAGGACGACUCCCAAGAUGAGGACCCGGAAGAGGACACAGACGCUGUAGGGCAAGAUGCUGGGGGGACCGGGGUGAGGGGCCUACAGCUACUGACAGAAACUCCUAGUGGAGAGCUGGCUCUGCUACUGGCUCAGAGCGACAUUCUGCACACAGGAGACUCAAGACUAAAGGAGGAGGGCUACAAAUUGCUGCAAGACAACAGGGCAGAGUAUGAAGACAAUCGUGAGUUUGUGUGGCGCCUGGCUCGAGCUCACAGUGACAUGUACUGGUGUACAGCAGACCCACAGAGCAGAAGGGCCUUAGCACAGCAGGGUUUGGAGGAAGCAGAGCUUGCCCUACAAAAGAAUGGAUUAAACAAAGAUUGCCAUAAAUGGUUUGCUAUGUUGACAGACUUGACAACAGACCAUGGGAGCAUGCACAGUAAACUAAGGAGCAGUCGCAUCAUGAAGGAGCAUCUGGACCGGGCCCUAGCUCUCAACAACACCGACCCUGUCUGCUUCUACCUGCUUGCCAAGUGGUGCUAUCAGGUUGCAUCUCUGGACUGGCUGGAAAAGAAGGCAGCAGCUGCCCUGUAUCAAAGCCCCCCCAGCUCCACUCUGCAGCAGGCUCUUGACAACUUUCUGAAGGCAGAGCAACUAAGUCCAGGAUUUUCAAAGACUGCCAGAUUCUACAUAGCCAAGUGCCAUCAGGAGCUAGGGAACGUCUCAGAGGCAUCAAAAUGGAUGGACCUGGCAAAGAAAAUCUCUCCCACCACCCUUCAGGAUGAGGAGACCUCAAAAAUUGUGGAAUCUCACUUUGAGAAUUCCACAAAAUCUAUGAAGGACUAAAGUCUUCACUUUCAAAAAAAUGUAGCCACUGUGUACAAAGUGUUUUGAUGUCAAAAGAUUUAUGGUAUUUAACAGACUUCUUUAUUGACUUGUAUUUAAGCAAUGUAUUCCUUGGCUUUUUGUACCGUUUCACCCAAAGUCUAAAAUUAUUUAUUCCAAUAUUGUUGAUUAUGUAAGCAUUGUCUUAGGUGUGGAAGAUUAUAAGAAAAAAGUCAAAGUGAUAAAUGCUGCUUGUUAAUCAUGACACAUGGUUGUAUAAAUCAUGCUGCACUGCUUAGUGUCACUCUACCUGAAUAAAAAUAGAAGCGGACCAACAAGAUAGUUAUUGAUAAAACAUGUCAUUUAUAACAUACUGUACAGAUUAAUAAACAAUGCAGUUAA